AUGUUGAAGCCUUUCCAGAUCAGGGACCUGGGGUGCCAACCCGACCAGAGUCCAUCCGUGGAACCCUCCUCUCCAGCCCUUUCCGUCGUGGAUCAGACGGAUGAUGUUCACCAUCACCAAUCCGAUGACGAACCUCGUUCUUCCCCCAGAGUCGUGCAGAUCUCGGCGGGCGACUACAAUGCUCUCUCGCGCAAUAACCCGCGGGCCAGGUUGACUUACGUUGACCUUGAUGAUGGUGAUACCAUCACGGUGGGCUCUGCCCUCGAGCUGUCCCAGCGUCUAGACGAGCCUAUUGCUUCUUCCAUCCAAAAUGAGUCCCUACAAGCUUUAUCCUCCCAGCAUGAUCCGACUCCCAUGCACAUCUUUGAUAUUCGCCGAUCGAACUCAGUCACUGAACUGUGGAAGAAGUUUGAGUCCAAUACAGAUUCGCAGGGUUGCAAAGACAAGCCUCUGCCUGAAUGCACGGCCGAUGAUAAAGACCCAGGCAAGGUUUCUACCGCCGAAGAUGCCCAGCCGCCCCUUCUAGCUGCGUUUGAAGCGGAGCUUGCGACUAUUCUCCAUUCUGCCGAGUCCGCUGAAACUCAGCCUCCUCGCUCAGCGUCUCCUCCCGUGGUGGAACCCUCGGCGGCUCAGGAUUCCGAGCAAAACACUUCACGCCCUAUUGAAGUUCUUGCGGCACGUAUUCUGCACCAUCUGGUCCAUGGAGCCGGCAUGGUCCAAUCUGAAUUAAGGACCAGGCUGCCCGAGAUGCAACGCCAGUUUCACAGUGCCCAGAGCACUCUGCCUGAGAACGUGAGAACGUCUCUGCAGCAACUCCUCACAUCUCUGGAGAAUCAAAUGAGAAACCUAGGUGCUCAUCUCAACCACCUACCUGACGAUGGACGGCACCUCGCUGGAGAAGCCCUCAACGUAGGGCGCCCCAUCGCUGAGAACGCGGUGGAUACUUUGCGGCAGGUCGCAUCGGAAUUAAAUGAAGUUAGUCGGUCCUUGUUUGCAGCAUUUGAGCAUGAGGUCCGGCGAGCUGGCAUGAACCGGCCGGAUUCAUCGGCAGAUGGGCUGUACACUGCACCGGCGCCGCAGCCAACAAACAAUCAACCCUCGUCGAGCGGCCAGAAUGGCGAGCAGCCACCAACAGGCUCCACCGGGAACGAACAACAAGCGUCAGAGUCUACUACCAAAGAGGAAUCGAACCCAACGAGUGCGCCUUCCGGCCCUACCUCCCAACCCUUACCUUACCGACCACCUGGUGCCUGUGCUCCUCCGAUCUGGCCGCCUCCUAGACAUCGGCCUUUCUUUUACCCUCCACCUCCUCCUCUACCACCACAGCUCCCGCAGUGGCCAUUCCAGUGGCCGCCAGGUCCUCCCCAUCACUGGUUUAGACCUGGCAGACAGGAUCCGCCGAAUCCCAACCCAGCACCUCCAUUCAACCCUAACUUGAGGAACGCACACACUCAAACGGGCCCUCAUACAAGCAAGUCGCUGUUUAUUGGAAAUGUCGGCUUCAACGUCACUGAACGAAUGAUUCAGGAUGUUUUUGCUUCCAAGGGUUUUAUUGUCGAUGUGGAUCUUCCAGUAGAUGCUACAUCUGGCAAGCAUUGCGGGUUUGGCUAUUUGCAUUUCCCUUCGAUCCAUCCGGCUAUGGCUGCUAUGCAGGCACUCCAGGGAACCCAUAUCGAUGGACAUGCCAUCAACCUUGAAUUCAGUGAUCGUUCGCCCAUUGAAAAUUUCAGUGCUCCGCCCAGUCCAGCAGGUAUUCCCACUCAGUCACCGAAUGUCUCUCGUCGCGAGAGCGUGAACAAUAACAGGAACACUGAAUUGGCUGAGCGCCGACCUUCCCGAUCGAGCGCAUCCUCAGAGGUGCCGUCUGCUCGACGAGCGCGCACCGGCCUACCUGUGCGUCGGAAGUCCGUUACCUUCCAAGAGCCUAGCCCGUCUACAACGAAGAGCGACCAGACAGCUGCCCUACUUGAUUCGCCAACCGACGAUCCAGCCUUCGCCGCGCGCUUCCCAUCUCUUCUUCCACAGGGGAACCCGCAAGGUCAAGAUUCGACGGGACCAGACAAUCUCUCAAGUCUGAAUCCGGAAAGGGAGAUGGCUCGGUUCCCACCUGUGUCCCAGUUGGAAGCUCAUCUUCUAGCGAACCAACGUCAGGAUAAGGAUGCUGAAAAAGAUAAAUCUCAGUCUAGUGACAAGGGAAAGGGGGUGGUGCAGCCUACCAUCCACAAAGGUCCGUCCCAUGAAGCUCCGGAAGCCCUUCGAGGAUCUCAAAGUCAUCAUGACACGAGUAUUGGCAAUGGCCAUGGGCUUCGCCGUGCCAACACCACGAUCUCUGCCCACUCAAACCUCACUCCAGGUGGUCCUCCCAUUGCUCCAUUGAGGCGCCGCGCGACUGAACGCCAGUCUCUGCGUCCGAACGCCCGUCCUGCUUCCGAGAUGGACACAUGGGCUCGUCUCGACAGACGCGAGCGUAUUAGACCAACCCCUACCGAGAGGAUUCCCGGCAGUUUUCCCGAAGAAGAAACAGCGGAAGUCAGUGGACAAACUCACGAUCCUAUCGAGAGUUGCAUCACUACACUUCUCGAUCUGGGCUAUGGCACCGAGCAGAAUGGCGGGCGGUCCAGGAUGGCCGUGUACGCCGCCGCAGCGGAUGGGGAUCUUCUAGAGGCGAUUGAGAUCAUUGAAGAUGAGCGAAAGGCGUACGUGCGCCGUGGUUCGCAGUAA